AUGGAGCCAGAGUCUACAGAUACCGCUGACAGUGGCACUGCUCCUAGUAUUGUUCCAGGUGAUGGACAGCUGCAGCCUCAAUGUCCUUAUCUUAAGGGCUUCCAGCUGUACAACGUCAUCACUGCGUUGUUAUUGGCCAUGCUUCUCACUGGCCUGGAUGUCAACAUCGUCGCAACAGCUGUGCCUACAAUCUCAAAUCAGUUCAAUAGUUUUAAAGAUGUUAACUGGUAUGGUUCGGCUUUUCUCCUUGCAAUAUGUGCGAUGCAGCCGCUCUCUGGAAAGAUAUACUCAUUAUUUAUCUCAAAGCAUGUUUUCAUGGGAUUCAUGGCCCUCUUUGAACUGGGCACCCUGAUAUGUGCCCUUGCAAACUCGAGUAAGAUGAUAAUCGCCGGAAGAGCAGUAACCGGUCUCGGUGGAGCUGGAAUUUUUAAUGGUGCCUUGGUCAUCUCGACUACGUUAGCACCACCAAAUAUUCGCCCAAUGCUUACCAGUAUUGGAGUGUCAAUGCUCCCUAUCGGUGGCUUCCUUGGUCCAAUAAUUGGGGGCGCAUUGUCUGAGCAUGCCAUCUGGCGCUGGUGUAAGUUGAACGGCUAUUCCUAUAUAUUGAACAAAAGGGAUGAGGCCAAUCUAACUCCCUUCCCAGGCUUCUGGGCUUUUCUCCCUCCUGGUGCAUUCGUCAUGCUAGCGAUACUGCUACUUCGGAUCCCAGAGAGUGCACCCAAGCCGCUCGUAAGAUCAACUCUAGCCAAACUUCCUCAGAAACUUGAUCUUAUUGGUUUCACUCUUUUCGCACCCCCCUGUAUUAUGUUUUUGAUCGCCAUAAGUUGGGGUGGGGUGACAUACCCAUGGGACUCAAGCAAAGUAAUUGGCCUUCUCUGCGGUAGUGUUGUCAUGUUGAGUUUGUUUACUGUCUGGUGUCUCUAUCGCGGAGAAGAGGCUCUGAUUCCCAAGAGCCUUAUCCGCCAGAGGACCGUGCUCGUUGCCUCUUGCGUUUCUGGUCUUCAAGGAGGCGCCUCUAUCAUGGUGGGAUACUUUCUUCCCUUGUGGUUUCAGGCCGUAAAGGGAGCAACCCCAACCAACAGUGGCUUGAUGAUGCUACCAACAAUGGCGAGUCAAAUUGUUGGCUCUAUGCUAUCCGGGGCACUCAUCCGCAAGUUGCAUUAUCUACCUCCGUGGGCCAUCUUGGGGAGUAUAUUUGCCGCAGUUGGCCCUGGCCUUAUGGUUACUUUCAACUUCAAUACACCCAGAGCACAGUGGAUCGGGUACCAAGUGCUUGGAGGCGUCGGACGUGGUAUGGCGUUGAAUAUGUCAGUCAUCCAGAAUCGCCUACCCGCAGCUCUGGAGAAAUACACACCAGACACCGAUAUUCGGGCCAUCGUCCGUGCUGGAGCUACUGAGUUUAUUAAAACCGUGCCACCCGACCAGCUCCUCCCUAUUAAAAUCGCUUAUAAUGAAGCAUUGGUAAAAAUAUUUUACAUUCCUGCUGCCAGUGCCGCUGCUGCGAUAUUUGUUAGCAUUGCAUUUUCAUGGAGAAAACUUGGAACUGAGGACGCGAAGGGAUCCGAGAGUUCGCGGGCCUAG